AUGCCUCUCACUCAACACCUCACGUUCGCCACCGCCGAACCCGCGCACUCGGCCGUCCUCGACGGCUCCUCCGGAAAGCCGCUCUACGACAUCCGGACCUCCUUCCUUCACAGCGCCGCGAACCCCCGUCUCGCUACCGCCGUGCACGACGUCGAUGGGCACACGACCUCGCUCUGGCUGCAUCGCUCUCCGGGCGCAGAAGCGGACGCGGAGCCGGAAGCGGUCCUCAUCCGCGGCGCGAAAGCGACUCUGAUCGCGGACUGGCUGCACGUGGGCAAAGGGUCGCACCCCCCGUGGCAGUUCCGCGCGCCGGACGGGCGCGCGUACGUGUGGAAGGAGCAAAGGUUCAGGACGUCGCUGAAGCUCGUCGACGUCGAGAACGGGAGGACGGUCGCGCGCUCGUACCGCAACAAGUCGGGCCUGGACUACGACCCCACGCUGCGUCCGGUGCUCGACGUCGUCCUACUGGCGUACGUCGUGUGCGAGGAGCGUAGGAGCCCCGCAGCGUCGCAAUGCUUGCGCUACCCCAGUGGGGAUGCCCAUGCGAGCGCGCGGGGGCCUAUCCCGUUCCUCUUUCUCUGA